UACAUCCGGUCGUAUCUUACGCACAUCCGCUUUAGCAAAUAGAUUUCCUGUUCAUUUCCCUUUUUCAUUCUCCCCUAUAUUUUGCUCGGUGAGUCUUUAUCUUAGGUCACUGUUCGCGGUCUGCAGCUAUGCGGGUGUGUCUGCUGUUCGCGGUGGCGGUGCUGUCCCUGAGCCCAUCGGCGGUGAGUGGAGCCGAGAAGAAGAAGCUGCAGAUCGGCAUCAAGAAGCGAGUGGACAACUGCCCCAUCAAAUCCCGCAAAGGAGACGUGCUGAACAUGCACUAUACGGGCAAGCUGGAGGACGGCACGGAGUUUGACAGCAGCAUUCCCCGCGACAGGCCCUUCACCUUCACCCUGGGCACCGGUCAGGUUAUCAAAGGCUGGGACCAGGGCCUGCUGGGCAUGUGCGAGGGCGAGAAGAGGAAGCUGGUCAUCCCCGCAGAGCUGGGCUACGGAGACCGGGGAGCCCCUCCGAAGAUCCCCGGAGGAGCGACGCUCAUUUUCGAAGUGGAGCUGCUGAGCAUUGAGAGGAGAUCCGAACUCUGACGAAGAAGAGACGGCGAUAAAGAAAGACGGCUCUGAGAAAGGUUCCAGGAGGUGCUGGGGCAUUAAGUGGAGACCAUGUGACCUCUGGUGAAGAUUAAAAGGCAAAUGUGAGAGAAGAGUCAGCGAUGCUCCUGUAUUCUUUCUACUGGCUGUGACUUAUUGAAUUGAAGUUGAUCUGAUACAAGAACGCAGCUGUAUGUUCCUGCUAAACUCUAGGAGAGUUGACAGGAAGCCGCUACAUUCAGUAUUUGGCUGCGGGCUCACGUCAUCAUGCCUCGUCUCUUCAUCUCAUUUCUGUUUUUAAUUUUCUGUGAGGAGGUUUAUUCAUAUCUCUACAUUGUUUUGUUUUUUGUUUUUUUUUUUCCCAGGAAAUAAUUUAGUCUAAAGCGGGGCCGGGGUCAGAUUCAGAUGCAUUUUUUUUCCCUUUAAGAAUUUGAAUUAUGAUAAUAAAAUUUUGACUUCACUGGAA